AUGCCUCUCGCCAAACCAACCAACGUUUCGAAACCCGUCCUCUCCCAAUUCCAACUCAACGGCAAAGUCGCCGCAGUAACAGGCGGCGCACGAGGCAUCGGCCUCGAAGUCGUCCGAGCCCUCGCAGAAGCCGGAGCCCAAGUCGCACUCAUCUACACCUCCAGCAAAGACGCCGACGCCACAGCCAAGAAGAUCUCUGGAGAAACAGGAUCAACCGUCAAGCCCUACCAAUCCGACGUUCGAGACAAAGCAACGAUCACGGCAACGAUCAACCAAGUCGCGAAGGACUUCGGCAGGCUUGAUAUUUGCGUGGCGAAUGCCGGCAUUGCUUCGCAUUAUGAUAGUCUGGAAUAUACGGUGGAGCAGUGGCAGGAGAUUAUGAAGGUCAAUCUUGAUGGGGCUAUGUAUACGGCGCAGGCGGCUGGGAAGAUUUUUAAGGCGCAGGGGCUUGGGGCUGGGAGUAUGAUUUUUACGGCAUCGGUAUCGGCUACGCUUGUGAAUGUUCCGCAGAGACAGGCUGCGUAUAAUGCUUCGAAGGCUGCUGUUGUUCACCUGGCAAAGUGUCUCGCAGUUGAAUGGGUCGAUUUCGGAAGAGUCAACUGCAUCUCGCCGGGCUUCAUCGAGACCGACAUGCUCAGCGUACAUCCCAAGGAAUGGAGAGACCACUGGUCAUUGCUUGUUCCAGCUGGACGGAAUGCUGAUCCAGCAGAGUUGAAAGGCGCUUACGUCUUUCUCGCGAGCGAUGCCUCAUCGUACAUGACAGGUGCCAACAUUGUCAUCGAUGGCGGAUAUACGUUGCCGUAG